AUGUUUUUCGGUUCGAUUUAUUUGAAAUUGUCAAGAAAUUGUCAAUUCGAUAAUUUGGAACUUGAAGCAGACGAUGAUAUAACGGAAAGCAAACUUAAACGAAAAGUUACUAGAGCAAAAUUAAUUCAUCGUCAUACGCUUAUUUUAUAUGAUCAACAGAUUAAGGAAUUUUCGAAACAAACUAUUCCGCAGUUAUUCGAUCGCGCAUUAAUUGUUAAACUUAUUUCAAGAAACGAUUGUAAUGGACCAUUUUAUAAGAAUAUUAACUGUCGCUAUAUUCCCAUGGUGGUGUAUACUUAUCCAGAAAUCUAUUCAAAUGGACAAUCGUCUUCUGUAGACUGUGCUGAUUUGUUCAUUCCUGAUUUUACUAGAGCUCGACCUUAUUACCAUUGUAAUGUUUUGCCUAGGGAUGAGGAAUUCAUGUUAACACUGACUGAUCAAAAUGGAAAAAGAUCCUUUGCAUAUUGCAUUAAACAUUUUUUGCAAGAAGAUGAGCUUAGCCAGGACAAAGUGCGAGGUUUGCUUCCUGAAGUAUUCGCUUUGGUUUCUCCAAUUCAUGCUUCAACCUUUUAUACUGCUCUUGCUCGAGAGUGUGUGAAACAUUUGCGAAAAGGCCUUGAUAUUUUAAAAAAAUUGCUUGAUGCUAUUUUUAAUCGACGUUUUCCGUCGAACGAUGGUGUUUUACGCGUUACACAAACAGAAGGAAAUUUAUUGAAAAGGGAAAUAACAAUUCGUGGAGAAGGAUCAAUAUUGGGCCACACAAACUGUUCUUUUAUUGUUUCUCGAUUUGGUGUCGAAAUAACUGUUAGCUUAAUUGGAGCACUAUUGGCCGAACAAAGAAUUUUAAUCGGUGGGGAUUCGGUAAUGCAAUCGUUGGUCUCUCUAAUACAACCAUUUUCAUGGCCUUAUACAUUGGUUCCAGUGCUUCCUGAUAGUUUAUUGGAACUUACCAGUUCUCCAACACCAUAUAUACUUGGAAUUCUUAGGAAUAAUCUUCAUAAAUUAAAAGAUCUGAUUGUGGGAGAAAUGGAUAUCGAUGUUGGUGACUGCAUAAAAGAAGGUGUUCUCAUUGUUGAUCUCGAUGGGGGAAUUCUUGUACCACAGCCAUCUCGGCUCUAUGUUGCUAGCAAGAAUCAUGAUUAUAAAGCAAAAUGUGCAAUCGACUUAUGUCAAAAAUUACUUAUCCCUAAGAAGCUUGUUUUAACUCUCAUAUCUUUAUUUAAAGAAGCUCUAGAGAAUGGGCCUAAUUCUGUUGCUGAUGAUCGCCUUCAAAGAGCGAUGCUUACUUGGUUUGCUUCUCUUAUUGGUCAUUAUAAAUCAUGCGGCUAUUAUUCUGCUUAUAUGGCUGAUAUAAAUGGUAAUUCGGAAUUAUUCCAUACUUCUAAGCGUCUGUUAGUAUCAGCACAUUCAUCGAAAUCAGCUAAGAGCUUCACUGAAUGGUUUGUGGAAACGGGCAUAUUUCGUGAUUGGUUACGCAGAAGGGUUACUACAUCAUUAGAUUCAACUGAUAACAAAAUUAUGAAUAGCGAAGAUGCAGCUAAUCAACAUUUUGACGAAAUUUCACUUACGGUUGCUCCACAGUUAUCACAAAAACGUUUUCGGAAUAUAUUUUCUCGUUCACGUUUUGGAAUAUUUCGAUCUUUUUUUUAG